GCCGAGUCUUGCUAAGGCUGCUGCGAGCACCCUCCGGUUGCAUGGCUCAGCGGCCACCCGAGGGCGUGCCCCUCUCCAGGGGCCUGCACGCGGGGCACGAGCCCCGAAGGCUCUCCAUCGAAGGCAACAUUGGUUAUUAGACUGGGCUUUGGUUCCUGCCCUGGAGGAGCCCCAUCUUCUACCUGGAGAAACAAUUAAAAUUGCAGUGAUGGAGUCUUACCCUGAAUCCCAGACCAAGCACAAAGGAGGAUUAGCAGAUCCAGCUUAGAAGUGUCAGGGUCUGGAAAGGCUUCACGCAGGAGCUGUGGGAAAGUCCACCUUUGUGAAGUUACUCAUGAAAACGUACCCAGAGUGGCACAUAGCUACAGAACCUGUAGCAACAUGGCAGAAUAUCCAGGCUGUUGGCACCCAAAAAGCCUGCACUACCCAAAGUCUUGGAAACUUGCUGGAUAUGAUGUACCAGGAGCCAGCACGAUGGUCCUACAUGUUCCAGACAUUUUCUUUUAUGAGCCGCCUGAAAAUACAGUUGGAGCCCCUCCCUGAGAAACUCUUACAGGCCGGGAAGGCGGUCCAGAUCUUUGAGAGGUCUGUGUACAGUGACAGGUAUAUCUUUGCAAAGAAUCUUUUUGAAAAUGGUUCCCUCAGUGACAUCGAAUGGCAUAUCUAUCAGGAGUGGCAUUCUUUUCUCCUGCAGGAGUUUGCCAGCCGGCUCAGAUUACAUGGCUUCAUCUACCUCCGGGCCACUCCCCAGGUGUGUUUGAAGAGACUGCACCAGAGGGCGAGGGAAGAGGAGAGAGGAAUUGAGCUGACGUAUCUCGAGCAGCUUCAUGAUCAGCACGAAGCCUGGCUCGUUCACAGGACAACCAAGCUGCACUUUGAGACUCUGGUGAACAUUCCUGUGCUGGUGUUGGACGUGAAUGAUGAUUUUUCUGAAGUAACUAAAGAAGAAGAACUCAUGAGAAAGGUAAACACGUUUGUGAAAAAUCUGUAACCAAUACCGGCACAUUCUGGCUGUGAUCUGGGCUCCCUGACUUUCUGAAGCUAGAAAAGUACUGAGCCACACACCUUUCCCUCCCACUCCCAUCUCCUUUUACCCCUGGAGUGCUCUCACACUCAGUUGUAUGGCUUCUGUUAUCCUUAGACUUGCCAUUAUCUUCUUUUAUAUCUCAAGGACUUGUGAAAUAAAGUUUCGCUUAUUUUGUUA